GUCGUCCUCGUCUCGAUCCCGGGCGGCUUGUCGCUCCCGCCGCUAAAUUGAGGCGCCGACCGGGCUGCGUGUUAUUACCGGGGAGAGCCACCGGACUCGGGCUGACGAGGAAGACCGGGGCUCGGGUGCGAUGACGGCGUCCAAAGACCCGACCAAGAAGAAGCCGAAGGAGGCGCAGCAGGAUGAGGAGUUUGUGGACGUCAGCCCGCCGCAGAGGAACUGGAAGGGCAUCGCCAUCUCUCUGCUGGUGAUCGUGGUGGUCUGCUCCCUCAUCACCAUGUCUGUGGUCGUCCUCACACCCGUGGAGGUCCCCGGCAGCAGCAAGUCCACGCUGACUGUCGAAGAUCUGUAUAAACCAGAGUUCGGCGUUCACGACCCUGAGGCCACGUGGAUCAGUGAUUCAGAGGUGGUGUACAGGAACCGGGACGGUCACGUCAUCAGGUUUAACUUCGCCUUGAACGAGACGGAAGUCAUUCUGAGCAACAGCACAUUUGUGGCUUUCAAGGUGGCAAAGUACUCGCUCUCUGCGGAUCUGAAGUACGCACUCUUCGCUUACGAUGUCAAACAGAUCUACAUCUUUGAGAAUAACAUCUACUACCAGUCAGACGUGAGGAGUAUCUCCCUGCGAAUCACCUCCUCCGGGAUGGAAGGAGUCAUCUACAACGGAAUCGCCGACUGGUUGUACGAAGAGGUGAUUCUGCGUUCACACUUGACUCACUGGUGGUCCCCGGACGGGGAGCGACUGGCUUUCCUCACCAUCGACGACACCCUGGUACCCAUCAUGGCUCUGCCCCAGUUCACCGGCAGCACCUACCCCCGAGGAGUACAGUACCCAUAUCCUAUGGCCGGGCAGACAAACCCUGGGGUCAAGCUGUCGGUGGUCAACCUGUUCGGAGCGACACACACUCAGGAGCUGCAGCCUCCCGAGCAGCUCAGACACAGAGAUUUCUAUGUCACCAUGGUGAAGUGGAUCAGUAGUACUCACCUCGCCGUGCGGUGGGUCAACCGGCCCCAGAACGCUUCGCUGCUGACGAUGUGUGACGCCACCUUAGGGGUCUGCCUUCAGAGACAGGAGGACUCCUCAGAGACGUGGCUUUCCAGACAGAGACAGGAGCCGCUGUUCUCCAAGGACAGGAGCCGGUUUUUCCUCACUCUGCCCGUGAAACAAGGGGGCCAGGGAGAGUUCCACCACAUCACAAUGUUCACCAAAAAGUUACGAAGCGACCAGGACGAGGUUCGCCACCUAACGUCGGGGGACUGGGAGGUGACGAAAACCGUAGCGUACGACGAAAACAACCAGAUCGUAUACUUCCUGAGCACAGAGGACUCUGCACAACAGAGACAUUUAUACAGUGUGUCCACCCUUGGCCUGUUUCCACGGCGAUGUCUCACCUGUGGGCUGAAGGAGGAGUGUACGUUUUUCGACGCCGACGUCAGCCCCGACGCACAGAACGCCAUCCUGCACUGUAAAGGCCCUGGAGUUCCAGCUCUGCUGCUUCUAAGUUUUGACAACGUGGACUCAUAUUUCAUCUUGGAGAACAACCUCCCUCUGCGGUCUGCGCUGGAGACUAAAAGGACGAUUCAGACGGAUAUCCGGAUCAUCACUAAUGACAACUUUGAGCUGCCGCUGAAGCUCAUCUACCCGCCCGACUUCUCCGAGUCCUACCUCUACGGCCUUCUCCUUGUUGUUGGCAGCUCUCCAGGCGAUCAGACGGUGACUGAGGAGUUCAGGUUGGACUGGGACUGGGUGCUGGUGGGCUCCGAGCAGGUCAUCGUGGCGCGACUCGACGGCAGAGGGUCGGGGUUCAGAGGUCAAAGGGUUUUACAGCAGGUCCACCUGAGGCUCGGCACAGUGGACGCAGACGACCAGAAGGCCGCUCUUGAAUACCUGGCGAAGCUGCCGUUCGUCGACCCCACCCGUGUCGGAGUCUUCGGAGAGGACUACGGUGGCUUCCUCACACUGACGAUGCUGAAGUCGACGGAGAGGCUGAUCAGAUGCGCUGCAGCUCAGGCUCCGGUCGUGGACUGGUCCAUGUACGCCUCGGCCUUUUCUGAGAGAUACUUGGGCUCGCCGUCGACCGAGGAGAACAGAUACCAAGCCUCCAGGGUCCUGCCCAGCAUGAAAAGUCUGCAGGGAGGAAGUCUGUUCCUGGCCCACGGGACCGCUGACGCAAACGUUCACUUCCAGCACUCGGCAGAGCUCGUCAAACACUUAAUAAAGAUCGGAGCCAACUACACUAUGCAGAUUUAUCCAGACGAAGGACACUUCCUGUCAAAGCGCAGCCGGAUUCAGCUGACUCACUCCCUAAUUGGUUAUUUUAGAGGCUGCCUGCUUGAUGCGUCAUCGCUGCUCGACCAACAACGGGACGAGGAGUGAGAGGGUUAUUACUGGACCGUGUUUGACAACUGUGUGUGCGUCGGUUUGUGUGUUUUAUGAGCGUCUGUGGCCCUGGUAGACUGAUUUGAGUGUGUGUGUGUGUGUGUGUGUUUUUAUACCUGUAGCACAAUGUUUGAUGGACAAGCUUCUUCUCAACAUAUCGGACUAGUUUCCAUCGCUCGUCACCUCGGUAGAAUAAGGCUCCUACAGUCAGCGCUAAUGUCAAAUAGCAUGAUGCAGCUUUCACCUGUGGGGGGCGCCAGGUAGCAAACAGUCUAACAGAGGUCGAUGGGAGAGGUUAUCGCCUGACAGCCCAGAGAAAAUGCUUCAUUUCUGUGUGAUUGCAAGAUAUUUAAAUUCUACAAAAUAUGUAGAAUAUGUCAAAAUAUGUCGAACCCUGAGUCAUUUUCUUUAAAAUUAAAUAUUCACCAAUAAAUUGGCACAAAACAAACAGUUAAAGUUUGAAGAAAAACAUCCUCAGUUAUUAUCAACCAGUCAAACUUCAUUUCUGCUGCACCUUUUUCACAGGUCUGCGCAACUCAAGGUGCUUCACUGGUGAGCCUUGACGGUGCAGUUGUAAACAGUAAAACAACGUGAGACAAAUGCGCAUAAAUAAAAGCGAUGUGAUUGUUUAAAUGAAGCCAAUGGAAUAGAAAAACGGCCCCAUUGCUCAUGGUAAGAACAGGGUCAGUGUAAAAAGUAGCUGAGCUUUAUUUAUUUAUUUAUUUUGUGUGUGUGUGUGUGUGUGUGUGUGUGUGUGUGUGUGUGUGUGUGUGUGUGUGUGUGUGUGUGUGUGUGCAGAAACAUCCAGUAUUUCUCACCUUGUCUUCAGUGCAGCGGGGUUUUUUUUUUUUUUGCAUUUUACAGCAGAGUUUUUGAGACCUGGCAGCCUCUGUUAACUGUACUUGCUAUUCUGCCGUGGACAACACAGUCAGCCUUUCGCAAGUCAGUUCUGCUGACGGGCUGAAACCACCUGUCAGUUUGGUUUUGUUUUUUUUGUUUUUGCCUGGUAUUAAAUGGAUUUUUUUAGCGGCCUAUUAUAUCGAUUAAAAGCUCUCUCUUCAA